GGGGUUGAAGGGGAUGAUGAAUCGGUGGUUGCCGGCAAGAGUCUCGGGCUUAUAUAAAAGCUUCAAACGCUCUUGUCCUGCAUAUUGGUUCCUGACUUCAUCAGUGUGUCAUCGAGUCCUUUGACAUUUCUUCAGUUAUUUUAAGUUUUCAUCAACCUCAGUUUUACAGAAAAACUAAAGCAAAACCCAGACAAAAUGCAGAAACAAUUAACACUGGCAUUGUUAGUUAUAGCCGCCGUAACUAUACUAACAGUCAUCGAUUCAAUUGAUGCUGCACCUUUUCCUCCAGAACGGCAACUUUAUUUGGAGCAACUAGAAGAUGACCCACAAGCAUUUUAUGAAUUAAUUGCACAAUAUUACAAACUAAAAGAAUUAGAAAACAAACGCGCUUAUGGGCUCGAUUUUGGACUAAGUCGGGGAUUUAGCGGUUCACAGACCGCUAAACAUUUGAUGGGUAUGGCUGCUGCCAAUUAUGCCGGUGGUCCUGGACGAAGGCGUCGAUCAGAACAAGCGUAAAUUUAAAAUAAAUAUAUCCUCAAUAUGAAAAGAAUUAAAACCUUUAAAAUUAAAUCAUUUUAAAAUUUAAACAAGCAACAAACCAACGCUUCAUUGCACUCUACAAAAAAAAAAAAAAUAUAAGAAAGAGAAACAAAAAUACCUCAUUUUAGUUUUUUUGUUGUAUACUUUUUUUAAGUUUCGAUUAAUUUAUAAGCAAUUAAAAAAAUUGUACAAUUUAGUUUAAUUUAUUCAUUAAUUAGUAUUAAAUUAUUAAAUUAUGUAAUUAAUAUUGCAGAAAAAUUUUGAUGUCAAAAUAUAUUUAUUAGAAAAAUUUAUUAGAGAUAAAUCAAAAAUUAAUAAGCACACUAAUAUUUAACCAAAAAUAAUGCACAUAAAUUUAAAAUUAAAUAAUUUUUUUGUUGUUAAUUAGAUAAAAAAAAUUCGAACUUAUUUUAUUUAUUAAAAAAAUGCACAAAAAAAAUUUACACUGUAAAAAAUUGGGAGUGAAUUCGGAUUUCGAAUUUCAUUCACUCCGAUUCGGAGUUUUUGUAUUUAAAUAAACUCCCUGUAGGAGUAAAUUUCACUCAGAACCGGAGUUUCAAUAUUAAAAUAAACUCCCCUUCGAUGUGAAUUUUACUCCAAAGGGAUUAAAUAAAUACUCAGUCAUUUGCUCCGCAUUUACUCCGGAUUUAAUCCGCGAUCACUCCACAAAUAUUUUACAGUGUACUUAUAUUUUAUUACUCAAUUAUAAUUAUUAUUUAUCAAUAUUAUUUAGUCAACAGAACAAACAGUAUUAUUGUUAAUUUUUUUUUUUUUUAUUCUAUAGAAUAAAGUUUUUUUUAACUUAUACUUGAUCUUUGUUUUUAAACUCAAUUUACACGUAAACUAUCAGAGAUACAUAAAAAAGUAUGAAUACCUUAUUUGUAGAGAAUAAAAUUUCCCAUAAAAAAGUAUUCAUUACUUUUUUACGUAUCUCCCGUAGUUUAGCUGUGAAAAAAAAACUAAACAGUAUUAGAAUUUAAUUAGUAAUGUUAUUUAUUGUUAAUUAUUAUUUAAUAAAAAAAAAAAUUUAUUUUAUGUUAAAAAAUGUAAUUGAAAAAUAUUAGACUGCAAAUAUUGCUCAUAUUUAUGUUAACAGAUAUUUUUGUUAUUGAUCCUAAUUUAUACCAAACAUAUACUAGAUACUUAUUGGUAAUUAUUAUUCAUCAAAAGUAUAAAUUGUUAAUCUAUGUGUGUUAAUUAAAGCAAUGAGUAAUAAAACUGUAGACAUAGACAGAAAAAAUAAAUUAAAAUUUGAAUGAAGAUAAAGUAUAAAUAAAUUACUCGAAAAUUCGUGCGCUCUAUGUACCAUAUAAACGUCGUAGCCUGUCUAUAUUAUAUCUAUACCUAAUAAAUAUUACUUUAAUCCAGU